GAAGUACGGUCAUCGCUGAAGUUACAUAUAGAGCUACUUUGUUUAAAGUAGUUAUCCAGCAGUAUUAUGUAGGUCAAACAAUGUACUUUAUCAUGCUCUUUUUAUUGAUAGAGCAUCGCAUACAAAACUUUUUACUGGAUAUGUCUAGCAUAAAAUAUACAGUUGAAUCUGGGUAUAAAGAACCUGUCGUUUCAGAAGAUUUAGUUCGGUAUAAA